CCACUGCGCCCCCUGGAGGGAGACAGUGGAGGGGUGGCGGGGGCAUCCAUGUCGUGGGUGGGGCAAGCUCCUCGACAAACCUGGAGUUUUUCCUCAUCUCAUGCUAAACAUGUGUCUGCUGACCCUCUAAGUCUGUACAACACUCCCAGGAUACUAGAGCUGGAUAUAAACAGGAUGCUGAUUGGUCAGAACAACAUCAGUUCCCGCCUUCCCCUGCCAAUGACUGAGGACAGACUGGUCAAUGCUUCACAAAACAACUUGCGGUCGUAUGUGACGGUCAACCGUCCUGUUGCCACGCCAACCACCACCACCACAACCUCCAGUAGACCAAGAUCAGCCUCAGGAACUCACCGUGACUCCGUCCCCCCAACCACCCCGCAGCAUCCCUCCAGUGCUGGGAUGAAGAAGGUGCGACUGUCAGACACCGAAAUGGAGAUACCACGGUCCCUCCGCCACCCCCGGAGUCCCCCUCUACCCCCAAUAGGAGGAACAGAACCUCCCCAGAGUCCGUCAGGGUCGUCCAUUCGCCAGACUCCACCAACCAGAGAUGUCGACACAACAACAGCCGAAGACAAGACCUUGACGCGGGAAUCAUCACGGCUCACAUCCACAUCUAUAUCAGAGGAUUAAUGGAUUCUUUCACAAAUCUGUCACCUUAGUAGUGUGUCUCCGGUAAAAUCAAAUCCCCAGAUAUUAAUCUGUGAGUGACUCCAUGGGAUUUGUUUGGGUAACCGGCAAACCUUUGGCUAUAUAUUUCCAUAAACAGACAACGGACUGCUGUCAACUUAAUGGCUGAUAUGGUGGGCAAAGAUUGGGUUGCAUGUAAAGUCUGCACGCAAGUGUUUAGGCUGAUACUAGGGCUGCAAUGUUUCCACGAUGAGUCGAAUAUGAUACAUGUCACGAAUAUUGGGUAACAAAUAUGAAUAUUGGGAAAUUAUAAAACAAUGACUUAUCAGUUGACACAUCAUUCAGUAUUUUCAUUGAUACAAUAGCAGAAUAAAUGCUUUAUCAUGUUUUGACCAUGGUGAUGGUGUUAGGUUACCGUGACAACGACCAGUGGCGUCAUUAAUGUCAAAUUUAUUAUAGAAGAUUGUUAAGUGUAAUCCUGCCUGGCUUGAGGAUGUUCAGUGUUGAAUAUCUUGCUUUAACUCUCAAGUUUAAGUAAAAACUCUCGCUUUGACAAAUAACACCCAAGUUCAAGUAAAAAUUCUCACUUUGACAAAUAACACCCAAGUUCAAGUAAAAAUUCUCACUUUGACAAAUAACACCCAAGGUCAAAUAAAACGACUCCUUUCAAAAGUUCAUGAAUAUUUGAUUCUAGUGAUCAUGAUUAAUGAAUUGAAUUCAUGAAAGUUUAGGGUUCAAUUCACUAAAUACAUGAGUGAACUGUAACAGCCCAUGUUGAUACCAUAUAAAAUUCAAACAAUAUUGAAGUCAAUUCUUAAUUGUUUCAAAUGUUACAUAAUCUGGCAUGAUGUACAUUGAAUGAAUUUUCAUUACUAUAUUAUCCAUAUAUGCUGUCCCAGUGUGUUUCAUGAAGUGAAGUUCAAAAGACUUUCUUUUUUUAACUUCUUUUAAAUCAAAAUGUAAUAAUCAUCUAAGAAUAAAACUUCAGUCUUUUUUUUCGCACUUUCCAAUUCACAGAAACUGACCUUAAAAAUUAGUUUGAAUGUAAAGUGUUAGAAGUUAUGAUGUGUGAUGAAAAUGUUUCUUUAAAGAAAUAAUGUAAGGCCAGACCAGUUUUAUUUCUUGUUUUACAGAUCCACCGGUCGUAUUUUUUAAAGAAUAAGAAAAAAUUAUAAAUUAUUUUUCCCCACUCAAAAUAAAAUCCUAAUGUUAAGAUACACGGAGUGAGACUUCAACUAUGCAAUGCAGUUUGUUUUACACUAAAACACUGGUAUCUGUUCUCAGAGACUUUAAACUGAAUUAUCUAACAAUAUUUAUGUUAGAAAUCAGCGAGUGUGAACUUGAAAAACAAUGCCUUUGAAAAACUCAUGUGGGUUUUUGCUUUGACUGGUGAUAUUUUUUUCCCUCCUGCCUUUAAAAUAGGUUUUCUGGGGACAAAAAUUCGUAAAACCAGAAAUAAAAUUGGUCUGGCCUAAUGUAAAUAAUGAUGAAUGGUCAUGUUAUCAUUACCCAACUGUUACAGUAUUAUAGACAUGUAGUCCUUGCACAACUUGAAAAACCACUUACAGUGUGUGUGAUAUGGUAUUCAUUAUGCAAUAUUGUUACGUGCACUUUUAGUAUCAAUUAUAUUUGAUACUGUAGGUCACUUCAAAGACAUCAUUAUCUGACGAUGGUACUGCUGUCAUUUCUUGACAGUUGAAAAGUUUCUGAACUGAAUUUAAAUGUUGAGGGGAACAUUACAGUAUUCCGAACACAUCCUGGUCAAUUAUAGCCAUGAUGCUAGGCAUGCAAGGCCUGAAAACUAUAUUUGUUAUUUAUGCAAAUGAGAUGUUGAAUAUAUAUGCAAAUUAUGUCUGUUUGUUGUGUGUUUGUUUGUGGUAGCACAGUAACAUGUAGAUAUUCUAAAAGUGUUAAAAAAAUGUUAUGUUGGAAGUUGUUGAGCACUAAUUUGUUGUUAU